GAAACUCUAGAUUGAGUGAAAACAGAGCUUUAUAAAUGCUUGCCCAUCUGGAUUCCUCGAAACACUAGUACUCCGAUUGAAUGAAAAUGAAUCCAAGCAUGAAGCAUUGGGGAGACAUGAGUGUCGCAUUGUUCUUGGUUUCCUGUUUGGCUGUGAGAGCUUGCUCACAGCCACAGGGACCGCAAGUGCCCUGUUUCUUCAUAUUUGGCGAUUCCCUCGUCGACAAUGGGAACAACAACCGGAUGCUCACCCUUGCGAGAGCAAACUACAGGCCUUAUGGCAUCGACUUCCCGCUUGGUUCGACGGGCCGUUUCACCAAUGGGAGGACUUACGUGGAUGCUUUAGCACAGUUGCUUGGAUUUCCAACUUACAUACCGCCUUAUGCAAGAACAAGGGGAACUGCUGUGUUGAGGGGAGUGAACUUUGCUUCCGGAGCAGCCGGUAUACGGGAUGAAACCGGGAAUAAUUUGGGCGAUCACACUGCAAUGAACCAACAGGUCGCAAACUUUGGCGAUACAGUGACCCAGAUGAGGAGGUACUUCAGAGGAGACACCAAUGCACUCGACAGCUACCUAAGCAAAUGCAUUUUCUAUUCUGGGAUGGGGAGUAACGAUUACUUGAACAACUAUUUCAUGCCGGAUUUCUACACUACGAGUUCAGAAUACACUGCCAAAGCCUAUGCAGCUGUUCUGCUUAGGGACUACUCACGCCAGUUGACGCAAGUCUAUAGCUUGGGAGCACGGAAGGUGAUUGUUACUGCAGUUGGCCAGAUCGGUUGUAUACCUUAUGAGCUUGCCAGAUACAAUGGCAACAACAGUCGAUGCAAUGAGAACAUCAACAAUGCCAUAGUCCUUUUCAACUCGGGGCUCCGCAAGAUGGUCGAUGCAUUCAACAAGGGUCAGCUACCCGGAGCUAAAUUCGUGUACUUGGAUUCUUACGAGAGCUCGAAGGAUCUGUACCUAAACGGAGCAAACUACGGAUUUGAGGUGAUUGACAAAGGGUGCUGCGGAGUGGGGAGGAACAACGGGCAGAUAACUUGUCUUCCGCUUCAGCAACCUUGCACAAACCGGAUCAAAUACUUGUUCUGGGAUGCAUUCCAUCCCACUGAAGCGGCCAACAUUAUGCUGGCCAAGACAUCAUUCAGCUCCAGAACCCAAUCCUUCACUUAUCCAAUCAACAUCCAACAGUUGGCUCAGUUGUGAAAAUGAUCGAAGCAUUGGGCUUGAGCUUCGAUGCAGUUACUUUUACAUUCUCAGUUUCAAUAAUAAGAACAGUUUUCGGCAUUAUCUAAUGGCCUCUUGAGAUUGAGAUUUAUUCCAUCUUAAUGUUUGACUAAAUGUACCUUUCACUUGUUCCCUGUUUAUGAAACUAAUUAAACCAGCACAGCAGUCA